AUGCCUUCACUGCAAUCCCUCGUAACUGCCCUUCUGGCGAUACCUCUCGCCAUACAAGUGGAUGUGGUCAACGCCCUCUACACCAAUGGCUCCGUCAUCGCCCCCUGCGACUCACCCAUCUACUGCCAUGGAGACAUCCUCCGCGAAGUCGAGCUGGCCCAUCCCUUUUCCGACUCCAAGACUUUUGUAGACAUGCCAGCAAAGAGACCCCUCUCCGAAAUCCAAGCCGCCUUCAACAUGCUCAAAAAGCCCCUCACAAACGACUCCUCCCUCCAGACCUUCCUAUCAACCUACUUCGCCGACGCCGGCGGCGAGCUCGUCGAAGUCCCCCGCUCCAGCCUCACCACAAACCCGGUCUUCCUCUCCAAAAUCAACGACACCGUCAUCAAGCAGUUCGUCUCAAAGGUCAUCGCCAUAUGGCCCGACCUCACGCGUCGCUACUCCGGCAGCAGCGCCGUGGCAAACUGCUCCGCGUGUCCCAACAGCUUCAUCCCCGUGAACCGCACGUUUGUCGUUGCGGGGGGGCGCUUUCGCGAGCCGUAUUAUUGGGACUCGUAUUGGAUCAUCGAGGGCUUGUUGCGUACGGGAGGGGCGUUUGUCGGGAUUGCGAAGAAUACGAUUGAGAACUUUUGUGAUUUCGUCGAGAGGUUUGGGUUUGUGCCGAAUGGGGCGAGGCUGUAUUACUUGAAUCGGUCGCAGCCGCCGCUGUUGUCGCGGAUGGUGAGGAUUUACAUCGAGCAUACGAAUGACACGAGUAUUUUGAAGAGAGCUCUGCCACUCUUAGUGAAAGAGCACGAAUUCUGGACGACGAACAGGACGGUUAAUGUCGAUAUCGGCAACAAGACGUAUACUCUACAGCAGUACGCCGUACAGAAUACUCAGCCGCGGCCAGAGUCCUUUCUCGAAGACUAUGUCACUGCCAACAACCGCUCCUACUACGCUGCCUCGGGCAUCAUCUAUCCCGAAACGAAGCAUCUCAACACCUCCCAGAUGGAAGAGUUAUACGCGAAUCUUGCUUCCGGUGCGGAGAGCGGCCACGACUACAGUUCCCGCUGGUUAGCCAACCCAUCCGACGCAAUGAGAGACGUCUAUUUCCCGCUUCGGUCUCUGAACAACAAAGAAAUCGUCCCCGUCGAUCUCAACUCCAUCCUCUACGGCAACGAGCUGGCCAUCUCGCGCUUCUACAGCCAAACCGGAAACAGAACAGCCGCCCGCACCUGGAGCGCCCUCGCCGCAAACCGCAGCGCUUCCAUCCAGGCCGUCUUCUGGAACGAAACCCUCUUUAGCUACUUUGACUACAACCUCACCUCUUCAUCCCAAAACAUCUACGUUCCCGUGGACAAAGACUCCCUCGCCAUCGACAAACGUACGGCUCCUCCCGGCCAACAGGUCCUAUUCCACGUUGGGCAGUUCUACCCCCUGUGGACGGGCGCCGCCCCAGACUAUCUCAAGAACAACCCAUACGCAGUAACACGCAUCUUCGACCGUGUGUCAAACUAUCUUGACACUCGGCCAGGCGGCAUUCCCGCCAGCAACGUCAACACAGGCCAGCAAUGGGACCAGCCCAACGUCUGGCCGCCACACAUGCACAUCCUCAUGGAAAGCCUCAACAACGUCCCCGCAACCUUCACCGCGCGCGAUCCCGCAUACCAAGACGUCAAGAAGCUUGCCCUGCAGCUCGGCCAGCGGUACCUCGACUUCACCUUUUGCACAUGGCUAGCCACGGGCGGCUCCACGUCCGAGACGCCCAAGCUGCAGGGCCUGACGGACCAGGACGUCGGCAUCAUGUUUGAAAAGUACGACGACAACUCGACCAAUGCCGCUGGCGGAGGGGGCGAGUACGAGGUUGUCGAGGGCUUUGGCUGGACCAACGGCGUCUUGCUGUGGGCGGUGGAUACCUUUGGGAACCAGCUCAAGAGGCCAAAGUGCGGAAACAUUACGGCAGGCCAUCCAGCGCCAUCGUCUGCGUCUUCAAAGAGAAGUGCGGUGCAGUUGGAUUCGUGGGAUGCGAGUAGAGUAAAGAGAUUUGGGAGGAGGGCAGAAGGUAGGAUGAGGGGUUUGAAUGCUUUUUGA